AUGAUAAAUCGCCUGUUUCCGAAGCUGGUGGUAGGCGGUCCUAACCAAAGAAAUUGGAGAGGUAUUCUUAUAGCACUGCUCGUCAUAGUUGCUGUACUGGCUCUGAUUGUUACCUCAGUGGUGCUACUGACGCCGCCUGAUGAGGGACCUCGUGUUAAAGGAAGGAGAUUGAAGAUACAAGAUCUGUUAAGCGAAGAUUUGGUUCCAAUCAAGUGGAACGGUACUUGGAUAUCUGGUGACGAGUUCGUGUAUAGAGAUGCGUGGGGUGGAAUAAGUCUUUUAUUUGCUGCCAACCAGACCUCAAAGACUUUAAUGCCUAACAGUACAUUUCGUGUUCUAGAACCGGCGUCUUAUUCACUGUCAGCAGACCGAAGAUUCCUGUUGUUGGCUCACGCACCGCGCAAGUUACAUCAAUAUUCAUACCUAGCAAGAUACUCGGUCUAUGAUAUUCUCACGACCGAGUCUUAUCCACUGACCCCCCUCCCAGAUGACAUAGGAGGGGGGGUGAUCAGCGAAGGACCUCUCCUCUUACUUGCGAUGUGGACUCCGAAGGGCCAUGGGCUCAUCACAGUCAAGGAUUAUGAUAUUUAUUACCGCCCGGCACCACGCUCAUCUACUGGGUAUAGAGUAACUGACACCGGUAUACCGGGAAGAAUAAAUAACGGUGUUCCUGAUUGGUUGUAUGAAGUUGAAAUCCUCAAAUCCCGAUCCGCAUUGUGGAUGUCAGCGGAUGGCCACAUGGUAUUAUAUGCCACCUUUAAUGACAGCUUGGUGCAUGAACAAAAAUUCCCGUGGUAUGGAGCUGCAUUGGAUACUGAUGAUCCUGCCAAGACUUAUCCGGAAAUAAGAAGCGUGAGAUACCCCAAGCCGGGUACGAACAAUCCGGUUGUAAAGUUGACGGUGGCGGAUAUUGCUGAUCCUAAGCAUAUACGGUCACAUCACCUUACACCACCGAAGGUGAUAUUAGAAGAAGGGGAUUAUUACUUCACAAGUGCUCAAUGGGUAUCUCUAACAGAAGUAUGCGUUGUGUGGCUCACACGGGUACAAAAUCUAACUGUUGUGUCCGUGUGUAAAAGCCCUAUGUGGUACUGCCAAGAGGUUUAUAGAAUAUUCUCUGGCAAGGAAGCGUGGGUAGAAGCUGCCCCAGCGCCAUUAUGGUCAGCGGGAGGCGCCGCGUUGGUCACACUAGCCCCUGUAAGAGACGGUCCCGCGGGUCUAUUCCGUCAUAUAAUACGUGCUGAACAUAAUUCUCAUGGACCCAGAGCGUUGCCCCUCACACACGGAAGCUUCGAUGUAGUAAAGUUGCUAGCGUGGGAUCACGCAAACCAACAUAUUUAUUAUUUGGGUAUACCAGAGGGAAAACCAGGACAGCAGCACUUAUAUAGAGUGUCAUCUGAAGCGCCCCGGCCUGGCACCCCCCAGAAGCUCCCUUAUUGCGUCACUUGUAACUCGCAGCCAUCACCCUCGAUAAACCUGGAGUUCUAUGGUAAUCUGGCUUCUUCUGGAGACAGCUCCUGGGACAGUGAUUGGGAAGAGAUUCCCACAUCACCAUCACCUCCAAAGAAGAAAAAAAAGAAACAACCAGAACAAGUCCAACAAAACCAGCCGUGCCUUUAUCACGAUGCUCAUUUUAGUCCAUCAUCUACAUACUUCGUACUGGAGUGCCUGGGACCAGGAGUUCCCACGUCGAGCUUACACAAGAUAGCUUUACCUGAGCCAAGACUUUUGAUGCAUCUAGAAAACAAUACAGCUGUUAAGGAAAAGUUAGCAGCGAUAGCUCUACCCACGCCGCGGACAUUUUCAGUACAACUGUCAAGUGGACACGCGGCAAGAGUGAGACUUUUACUUCCUCCAGGACUAAGAGAAGAUGAAGUUACUAAAUACCCUUUAGUCAUGAAAGUACACGGGGCUCCGGGAACCCAGCUGGUUACAGAGCAGUGGUCGUUAGACUGGGGUUCUCUGGCAGCUGGAGCGGGAGCUAUACUAGCAUCCGUGGAUGCAAGAGGAGCUGGAGGAAGAGGAUUGGCUGCUCAUCAUACUUUACAUAAGAGACUUGGGACUGUUGAACUGAAAGAUCAACUGGAGGUUGCUGAAUAUCUACGGGAUUCACUCCACUUCAUAGAUGCACGUCGAGUGGCCGUGUGGGGACGUGCUCAUGGAGGGUUUCUGGCAGCGUUGGCGCUUGCCUCCCCCUUGAGAGUGUUCCAUUGCGGAAUCACUAUUACACCGAUUGUGCGCUGGAGAUAUUACGCCUCAGCCUACGCAGAGCGGUACAUGGGUCUGCCAAACGCGACCGGUAAUUACCGAGGCUACGCGGAUGCUGACGUCACGAAGCAAGCCUCAGCAUUACAAGAUAAGAUGAUCCUGGUGGUUCACGGAACUGCUGAUGAUGAUGUACAUAUUCAGCAGACCAUGUCACUGGCCAGGGCUCUGUCGGAUCAUGGGAGUACGUUUAGGCAACAGAUAUAUCCAGACGAAGGACACAGUUUGGAGGGUGUAAAGCAUCAUUUGUAUCGAACGAUGUCUUCGUUCCUUGAUGAUUGUUUUAAAAAGCAAGUACCACCGGAGACGAAAGCGGGACUUCGGAACGGUGGAAACCUUGACUGA